AUUAUAUUUGAUUCCUUGCGUUACCUUUCUCUUCUUUGCUCCUCGGCUCGAAGUCUUCAGCUCACUCUCUCAAGUCUCCACUGAACUCUCUCCGAACGACAUCGUCGUUGUUUCUCUUCGAUCUCCGUCAAUGGCAAAGGAACCAGUUCGCGUCCUCGUUACUGGAGCUGCAGGACAAAUUGGGUAUGCCCUUGUGCCCAUGAUUGCUAGGGGAGUCAUGUUGGGUGCUGACCAGCCUGUGAUCCUUCACAUGCUUGAUAUCCCACCUGCAGCAGAGGCUUUGAAUGGAGUCAAAAUGGAGUUGGUGGAUGCUGCUUUCCCUCUUCUAAAAGGUGUUGUUGCUACAACUGAUGUUGUUGAGGCAUGCACCGGGGUCAACAUUGCAGUCAUGGUUGGUGGUUUCCCAAGGAAGGAAGGAAUGGAAAGGAAAGAUGUUAUGUCAAAGAAUGUGUCAAUUUACAAGUCCCAGGCUUCUGCCUUGGAACAGCAUGCAGCUCCAAACUGCAAGGUUCUGGUUGUUGCUAACCCUGCAAAUACCAAUGCAUUGAUCCUGAAGGAAUUUGCACCUUCAAUCCCUGCCAAUAACAUUACCUGUUUGACAAGGCUGGACCAUAACAGGGCAUUGGGUCAAAUCUCGGAGAGGCUAAAUGUCCAAGUUUGUGAUGUUAAAAAUGUGAUUAUCUGGGGUAAUCAUUCAUCAACUCAGUACCCUGAUGUCAAUCAUGCAACCGUUAAGACUCCAUCUGGGGAAAAGCCUGUUCGUGAGCUUGUAAAAGAUGAUGCUUGGUUGAAUGGAGAAUUCAUAACCACUGUCCAACAACGUGGUGCUGCAAUCAUCAAAGCUAGGAAACUCUCAAGUGCACUCUCUGCUGCCAGUGCGGCCUGUGAUCAUAUACGUGAUUGGGUCCUUGGAACUCCAGAGGGCACAUGGGUAUCCAUGGGAGUGUACUCUGAUGGUUCAUACAAUGUACCAGCUGGGCUCAUUUAUUCCUUCCCAGUAACUUGUAAAAAUGGAGAAUGGAAAAUUGUGCAAGGGCUGUCAAUUGAUGAAUUCUCAAGGAAGAAGUUGGACUUGACCGGUGAAGAGCUCAGUGAGGAGAAGGCAUUGGCAUACUCGUGCCUCACAUGAAUGUGUUCAUCAUUUAUGUAAUGUGUUUGUAAGAGCUGCAGUUCUGAAUAAAAGCAUUGUUAAAAUCUAGAGAAACUGUUAAUGAUGGGGAUACUGCCUCCCUGGAUCUUACAUCAUUACACCUUUAACUUGAUAUGGGGAUUUUGGAUUUUUGCUACCAAUCCCAGAUUUUAGCAUCAGUUUUAAAUGGGAUGAGGAAGAUUAUUGUGGUCCAUAUGAAAGUUAUGUUUCUUUAAUGUCCAA